UUGGAAGCUUGUCAAGAAGAAGGCAUGCGUUUAUAUACUGUUGUUUGUUUUCCGUAUUUUCCUCGAAUAGGACAAAUUAAUAAACCUCUGUUUAUGCAUAAUAGUAAAAUCUAUUCGUAGCAGAAAGUACGAUCGACAACGUAGUAUAAUUUUUAUAAGGAACUUGAUCGAGUAAACUAGUAAAAGAUGAGUAGCUUUCGAUCUCCUAUGCGAUGUAUUUCUCCUAAUGCAAGAGUGUUAACCCCCAGACCUCAGGUAGAACAAAUGUUGGACGUAAGACAGACGCAGAAUAAAGCUAGGAACAGUAUCACAUGGUUUUUCAUCAAUAGCUCCUUACUUGGAAUCAUAGUCUUCGAUAUAAUAUAUGGAGGUGCAGCCUAUAAGCCAUUUUGUUGGGUCGAGUGGUGCUUAGCCUCUAUAUUCGCAUUAAAUGCUGUUUACCAUAUAAUAAGAUACACAUGGGCAAGUCUCACUUUACCUUCGGUCACGUUGAGUCCUAGACAGAGACGUUUACUGGGAGUAACAGAGGAUGAUCCCACUUUUAAGGACGAAGUUCCCUCACCUCAGAAGUCAUCCGAGCCAAUAUUUCCACUGAAUUUGUCAUGCAUAAGUCUCAAUAGGCGGAUGACUCUUGGUUCUCCAGGAUUAAGCGAAUCCAAGAGUUUUACAACGACUAGUCCAUUCUUCAAGUACGGUAGUCCAACAUCUCAGAAAUCGACGACCAGUCCUAAUGGAUCACUUAACAAAUCUUUUAACGCUUCCAUAAAUGGAAAUCUAACCAGUGAAGAGUUGAUUCAAAGCGAAAAGGAGUUACAAAGUUACUUAGACGAUAGUCGGCAAAGAAAGCAUGUUCUAUCCACUGACAUUGAUCAACCCUCUAAUCUACUUAGCUCGUUCUGGUCGCAUCCCGCGAUUAGAAGUCCUGGAGAGGUCUCUCCAUUGUUAAGAAGAUGCGCCUACCAAUUAGCACCUAUUAUCGAUAAAUCGAAAUCAACCAGUCCUGGCACGGAAGAGGGAAACUCGCCCAGGGGUAUGUUCGGUGGCCCCGACGUUUGGAGAAAAUACAGAAUCGACCCUAACAAAGUAAACGAGUGGACGGCCAAUCUACGUAUGUGGAUCAGUAAAACGGUCGUUGAACGAGUGGCUGCUGAGAUUGAUAAUGUCAGUUCUGCUUUGGUUCGUCACGGAUUGAGCGAUUCCCAACCAGGACACGUCGGUUUGGACAGAUUGCGGAAACUUGCUCAAGCUCCGUUUUUAGUCACCGCUAUUCCCACUCUACCGACCUUGGUACCUUUUCUGGAACUCUCUAACAAUCAAGAAUAUUUAGUCAGCAGAAUUAAGGUUCUUGCGACGGGAGGUUCUAUGAGCGAAUUCAAAUGGAACGGCGGAGGACCUCACAGUAGCAAAGAGUGGGAUUCUAGUUUGCCGACUGAUUCAGCGAUAAUUAUGCACUUGGUAUCAACGUACAUGGACACGCAGUUGGAAGCUCCGUUGGAUCAGCCAGAUGCUCGACCCUUCACGUCAAGAUACAUGGCUAGAUCGGGAAUGUCACUACCGCGUAGCAAAGGGCCCAUAAUAGUGUGCCAAUCCAUAAAUCCUCCUCAUUAUUGUCUAGCACAUUCCGGGGACUCGACACUCAACGAUUACGAAGAAAUACAACGGGGUAGGAACAACUUGUUUCAUACGCUUCUGUUGUUCCUGUACAUCGUUAAAACCAGAGAUCACGGGAUGUUAGGUCGUGUCAAUUUAGGCACGUCGGGUAUAAACGUCCUGUGGGUAAUCGAUGGUUGAACAAUAAUUUCUUAAUAUUACACCAUCAAAUGGAAAAUUUGUUUAAAACGAAAUUGUACAAAAUCCUACUCAAUAUCGUUACCUAAGUCAGACCAAAAACGUGUCAAUACUACGAAUGCUUUAUUCACAAUACUUAUGUCUAUGUACAAAGAAAUCAUAAAACACGUUCCGCAUUUUCUAAUGAAAGUAAAUUCUCACUUAUUUGAUACGCCGCAUUAUAACAAAUGGGCUGCUAUUUGGCAGACCUCUGGCUUCUUCGUAUCGUUCCUUGCAUUUUGCAAAUGAUUAAGUGUACUUAUCGCAUAUACGACGCGCACAAACAAUUAACAGGACUCGCAGAAUGCUUCGAGGAUUCUUAAAAACGGAACAAGUCGAUCGAAUAAAUGCGUAGAUGUAACGGAUCGCAAAAAUAUCUGCAUUCCUAUUCAUUGCACUUGUAUCGUACCGCAUAGGGAAUGCAUUUGUUUCUAGCGUCAUUAUCGAUGCAGUAUGCUUUUUACAACUUUAUAUUUCGUUUUUUUUCUUUUUCUUUUAUUGUAGUCUAACGACCGAAAGACAUGUCUCGUAGAAAAUUAUUUUACACUUUCCGUGCAAUUUAUAAUACAAUCUUUGGAUAACGAUUCUCGCGUGCUUAAAAAUCAAUCUGUAUGUACACCAAAUUCAUACGUCGCGAUAUAAUUAUAAUGGUCUAUCCAACGUAUAUAAUUAAAAAUCGGAAAAUUCGUUCGUGUACGAAUUUUCGUCCUGUUUUCUUUUUUUUUUUACUAAUUUCUUUUUUAUAUAUUUUGGAUCCGAAACAAAUCACGAUUUGAAGAAUUAACUAUACCAUUUGUUAAAUACUAGUUCGAGAAAUGAUAUCGAUUUGUGAUGUUACUGAAUCGAUGCCUUCGAAACGAGUUCGGAAUAGAGAUUACUGCUAUCGAACGCGCCACGUUUGGAUAUCGUAGAAUCGCGCCGCAAGAUUUUACAAAUCUUUAACGUUCCCGAGGAAAAAUAGCGAACACGGAAGAGAAAUGGAAAGAAAGUUCCUAUGAAAAUCCAGUACUAUCCUUUGUUCAAAUGUACGUGUCGAUACGUUCUUCAGCGAGAUCAUCGGUCGAGGUGAGAAAAUUCACGAUGAACCGAGAGAAAUCAAUUCAGCGACCGAUGGAACUCGCUGAUAUUUUUCGAACGAUUAAAAAGAAUAGCGGUCCGAAGACGUAAUGUAUGAUUCGAGCGAUAAACCUUAUUCUUGCUAUACCCUAUUCCAGUGUUUCUCAAAUUCCAAUCUUACGCGAAUCUUCUUGGUAAAGAAAAACGUACGAUUAACCACACAUAGUACAAGUAAAGUAUUUUUUUUUUUUUUUAAAUACAUUUAAAAUCUGCUCUUAAGUAAACUGUAUUUAUUUAAAAAAAAA